AUGUUGAGCCCUACCUUUGUUGUGUGGGAUGUUGGCUAUCCCUUAUACACUUAUGGCUCCAUCAUUAUUAUUGCACUAAUUUUUUGGCAUGUGAAAAAGAACCACCAAGAAUUAAGGUUGGAACCUAACAGGAGCUGUUGCCGGCAUCAUCGGAGAGUCAAACAAAAAUAUAGACCAUCAAGAGUUAGGAGACAUUCCUGGAAAGAAGCUGAGAAGCCCUUGGAGCUGCUGUCUGUCAUGAAAAGCUGGGGAUGGUUUCCUCAGGAGGGAAGUGUGCGGAGGCUCCUGUGUGCAGAUCUCUCCUGCCCCAUCUGCAAUGCCUUGGCUCUGGAGAUCCAGCAGUUGCUGGCGGGUGAGAACAUCCCAGUUUCUCCCACUUCACCGGGGCCAUCGCAGGGCUCCUCUUGCCUAGAGGGUUUGUCUAUGUCUAAUAUGUCUUUUGAGCAGAGCCAGGGUUCCCAGCAUGCCCAAGAGCUUUCAUUUUCAUGUGUAACCCCCUCAAUGUCACAACUAAUGGAUCAGAAAUCCUUAACCCAGUCAGCUGCCCAGUCAACAGAUGCAGUCAGCAUCCAAGAUUGCUGGGCUGAACACAAGCUAAGGAAGGGACUUCAAGCACCAGCUGUGUCCUGGGAUGCAGGAGCUCUGUCUUCUUUAAGCCUUGAGGAGCAUAGGAUUCCUAUGAACCAGCAGGACAAGAGCAACUUGGAAUGUACCCUGGAGAAACAAGAAGCUGCAGAAGCCAGCUUGGGAAAUAAGAUGAAGCACUUUCCACACUGGAGUGACCCCGAGGUGAAAGGUCAAGGGCAUAAGGAACCCAUUCUCCUCUCUAAGGAUGAGACAGUGGCCAAAACUGUGACAAAAAAGGUUGAGAAGAGUCCACCCCCCACCAGAGGCCCUGUGAAGCAAGCUGAGUUGGAAAAGACAACAGAGGAGGAGGGCAUGACCUUCUUUGAUGCCUGCCAGUGCCUAGACAAUGAACUCCAUUAA